AGCCUCGCAGGAUUCUUGUGCCGCAUAGUCAUAACACUCUUUCACAAUAUUGCAGUAACCGAUUAAUCCAUUCCACAAAAGCCUGUUGACACUUGCGUAGACUAAAACAUAAAUUGGUUGAAAAUCGAUGGAAGAGAUCGGCCGGCAGAACGAUGGUUAAUACCGACAGCAAUGAAGCGAUUGUAAAAAUGAGUCAUUCGAAGGAGGAAUGAGUUGGAAGGAUGCGUCAAAAGAGCCGACCUGUCCAGCAUCGAGGAUGAGCCACGUGGAGUGCAAAAAUUAGAAGAAAGUUCGAGCGAGAUUAUUUCGAUGGGGGCAUCAUUGGAGGAUGAAUCUUGCCAAAAAAAAUGGCACUUUUUACUGUCGAUCAGUGUCGUUGCUCCCAGUAUGAGGAAAGACGCUCGAGGACGGUAGAGGGAUCGUGUAAUGAGUGUGUGACGUGAUAAUCGUUUGGGAAACAACAGAGACAAGAAAACUGAAGAAACUCAAAGUUUGCAGUAGAAAACAAAUGUGUCGGCAUCUCGAGGAGGUUAACGAUCAAUUUUUUUGACAACGAGUCAUUGGUCCCUGAAAAAUCGCGCAAAAGUUCCAAGCACUCCGUGCAUGUGGUGAAAUACCGGAAGCACACGUUCUGGGAAAAGAUCUCGCAACAGGAUCGACGUGAAUGUAUCGGCCAAGAACGAGUCUGUACCGAAUAAGAAUUCCGAGGUGAAAGAGUCCACGUGACAAAGGGUGCGGGUGAACAUAAAAACGGCGAUUCUCUCUGAAAGAGGUCAGAACUGAGUGCGGUUGUGAAAAGAAAAGGUGAAAGGUGACAAAAGCUCCAGGUGGUGCGAGUGUGGUGAGAAUCUCCGAAAAAAAGGGGAUAAAACGGUUGGUGAACGCGGGGCAUGGUCGUAGGUGAGACGGCGGGGCGAUGACGCUCUACCACCGUCCACCGGCGUCAUCACGAGUCCCUCAGGACUCGACCAAUUUCCUCGUCCCGAUCCCGCUCCCGAUCCCAAUCCUUCUAACCCUCUCGACUCGCUAUCGACACCUCAGAAACGGCACGAUAGAUCCGAUUGCACCCGCAAGGAGGCAUGAGAGAUCGUUCUCGGCAUCACGAUCAUCAAGAUCAGGCGAUGCCCCUCGAAGAGAUACAAGGAUUACUGCCGCCUCCGUGCAGACAAGGUAACCGGGGACCACUCAACGUCACUAUUGUACAAGUGGGAGGUGGAAAUGGAAGUAGUGCUGGCAAUGACUUGUUGGGCUUGGAACCACCGGUUGAGUUGAAACCGUCUCCGUCGCCACUUUCCGAAACGAGUGCGACUCUGCCGUCUGACAACAAUGACACCUUUACUGGAGGUGUCGACCCCCGAUUACUACUAAGCGGCGUUGGAGGAUGCGGUGAUCGUAGUACGUGGGAGGGUCGUUACCACGUGAAGGAACAUCGUCGUGCCGGAAAAGCGACGUUCCAGGGUCAGGUGUACAAUUUCCUGGAACGUCCUACCGGCUGGAAGUGCUUCCUAUACCACUUCUCUGUGUGA